GUUGAGCUUCUGACGAGUAACUUCACAAAAGCGAGUAAACAUAAACAUCUUCAAGCAUUCAAGCAGUUUCAUAAAGCAACGCAUGAUGAACGACGUAACCUCCUUCGAAAAGGAAUUCUUAAAUGCGCACAAUGAGUUUCGAGCUAUGCAUGGAACCCCAAGUUUAACACUAAACAGAAGCAUGUGCACUUAUGCCAAAGAAUGGGCAGAGCAUUUGUGUAAAAGGAACAUACUAGAACACCGUAGUGCAAAUAAAUAUGGCGAAAAUCUGUACCUCACCACUGCCGUAAAUCUAAAUGCCAAAUGCGCAGUCACUACCUGGUAUAACGAAUUUGUAAAUUACAAAAGCUCUAAACCAGGUUUCGCUAUGAACACUGGACAUUUCACGCAGGUUGUUUGGAAAAGUUCUAGAGAACUUGGAGUAGGCAUCGCAACAGACGGCCGUAGAACAUGGGUUGUAGCAAAUUAUAAUCCACCUGGUAACGUUUUUGGACAAUAUGCACAAAAUGUAGCAGCAAAACGGUACUACAAUAUGGCAAGUAACUUCAACAAGGAGGUUUUAGAUGCACAUAAUAAAUUGCGUGCAGACCAUGGAUGUCCACCUUUGAAGAUAACUGCUGAGCUCAACAAAUUUGCAGAGGAGUGGGCCAAUAAUCUUGCCAGUAAGAAUAAAUUAGAACAUCGAGACAACAACGCAUAUGGAGAAAAUAUAUAUUAUGCCGAAGGUAUGGAUAUAAAAGGAGACCAUCCCGUCAAAAUGUGGUAUAAAGAAAUUGAAAAAUAUAACUUCAGUGAUCCAAAGUUUUCACCACAAACUGGUCACUUUACGCAACUUAUUUGGAAAGAUACUAAAGAAGUAGGCGUCGGCAUAGCCAAAAGAGACAAUAAAACUUAUGUCGUUUGUAAUUAUGCUCCACCAGGCAAUGUCAUGACCCAGUUUGCAAAAAAUGUUCCCAAGAAGGUUCAUAAAAAGAAGUAACAAUACGACAACACUUUAGAAGUCUUUAAUCCGAAACUCUUGAAAAAACUGGUAAUUCUUUAAUAACAGAAUAAAGGACAAUUGAUUUAAAAUGUUAAUUUCAAUUUUACAUAAAU